GCUCGCCAAAAAUUCCUGUCACUUCUGACAGGAAGCGGGGAGGCCGCGCCGGGGCGACCAGCAUCGCAUCUCCGCCGCGACCCCGGACCCGGUCGUCUGCAGGGUCCCGCCUGCGCCUGGGCCCCAGCCCCGCCCGGUUCUCCACCCCCGGCUCGGCCCAGUCCUCUGUCCCCGCCUCGGCCGCGGUCCGCCCGGUCCUCCUUCCCGGUCCCUGCCGCUCGGCCCUCCGUCCCCGCCCGGCUCAGUCCUCGGUCGCUCCGUCGCCCGAUCUUCAGCCACCGCGCAGCCAGGUCCUCCGUCGCGGUGGCGGCCGGGUCCUCGGGCGCGAGCCCGCCAUGGAGGUGGAGGAGGCGUUCCAGGCGGUGGGCGAGAUGGGCCUCUAUCAGAUGUACUUGUGCUUCCUGCUGGCUGUGCUGCUGCAGCUUUAUGUGGCCACAGAAGCCAUCCUCAUUGCACUGAUUGGAGCUACACCAGCAUACCACUGGGACAUGGCCGAUCUCCUGCCCAACCAGAGCCACAGCAACCAGACUUUGGGCAAAGGCCAGGCCUUCGGGGACUGGCUGCUGACCGCCAAUGGCAGUGAGAUCCAUAAGCACGUGCAUUUCAGCAACAGUUUCACCUCUAUUGCCUCUGAGUGGUUUUUAAUUGCCAACCGAUCUUACAAAGUCAGCGCGGCCAGCUCCUCUUUCUUCAGUGGUGUGUUUGUUGGUGUUAUCUCCUUUGGUCAGCUUUCAGAUCGAUUUGGAAGGAGAAAAGUCUAUCUCACAGGUUUUGCUCUUGACAUCUUAUUUGCUGUCGCAAAUGGAUUUUCCCCCUCAUAUGAAUUCUUUGCAGUAACUCGCUUCUUGGUGGGCAUGAUGAAUGGAGGGAUGUCCCUGGUGGCCUUUGUCUUGCUAAAUGAGUGCGUGGGCACCGCCUACUGGGCACUUGCAGGAUCGAUUGGUGGUCUCUUCUUCGCUGUUGGCAUCGCGCAGUAUGCCCUAUUAGGGUACUUCAUCCGCUCCUGGAGGACCCUAGCUGUUCUGGUCAACCUUCAGGGAACAUUGGUCUUUCUCUUAUCUUUAUUCAUUCCUGAAUCACCUCGUUGGUUAUACUCCCAGGGUCGGCUGAGUGAGGCGGAAGAGGCUCUGUACUUCAUUGCCAAGAGGAACCGCAAGCUCAAGUGUACAUUCUCACUAACACACCCGGCCAACAGGAGCUACAGGGCAACUGGAAGCUUCCUGGAUCUUUUCCGUUACCGGAUCCUCCUAGGACAUACCCUGAUCCUGAUGUUCAUCUGGUUUGUGUGCAGCUUGGUGUACUACGGCCUCACCCUGAGUGCAGGUGACCUAGGGGGCAGCAUUUAUGCCAACCUGGCUCUAUCUGGCCUCAUAGAGAUUCCAUCCUACCCUCUCUGCAUCUACCUGAUUAACCAAAGAUGGUUUGGUCGGAAGCGGACACUAGCAGCGUUUCUGUGCCUUGGAGGACUGGCCUGUCUUAUUGUGAUGUUUCUUCCGGAAAAGAAAGACACAGGCGUGUUUGCAGUGGUCAACAGCCAUUCCUUGUCCCUGCUGGGGAAGCUGACCAUCAGUGCUGCCUUUAACAUUGUUUACAUCUACACCUCUGAGCUGUACCCCACUGUCAUCAGAAACGUUGGCCUGGGAGCGUGCUCCAUGUUCUCCCGAGUCGGUGGGAUCAUUGCCCCCUUCGUCCCCUCCCUGAAGGAAGUACAGUGGUCUCUGCCCUUCAUCGUGUUUGGAGCCACAGGCCUGACCUCAGGCCUCCUGAGCCUGCUAUUGCCAGAGACUCUGAACAGCCCUUUGCUGGAGACAUUUUCUGAUCUUCAAAUGUACUCAUAUAGGAGGUUAGGAGAGGAAGCGCUAUCUCUACAGACCUUGGAUCCUCCACAGCCCCUGGACAAGGUCAGCAGUGAGAGUGAGGAGGAGGAAGAGUUCUAUGAUGCAGAUGAGGAGACCCAGAUGAUCAAGUGAAGAGCCCGCAUUCCUGCCCAGAAGCAGAGCCCCAUCAUCCUUAGUGCCUCAGCUUCAGCACCAGAGAUGUAUUCAGCCCACACUGACGCUUUCCAGAUGGGAGAGGCGGUGGAGGAGAGAUUCCAAAAGGGAGAACUUGCUGCGUUGAGGGAGUCAUUGCUGACUUGUUCGGGACUGGGGCUGAGCUCAGCACCACGCCUCUGGCUGCACAGCUCAGAUCCACCUUGUAGGACUGGUGCCUCAUGCUGCUACCCUUCCUCGGGACCUAAGAGCAGGUGUGUGAAACUGCUCGCACUUUAACUAGGGUUAGCCAGACCUUCCCCGAGAUGUCAUCUUCCUAGCAAGCAUCCCUGUCACUUGCUUCUCCCCCACCAGGAAUCUUCUGGUGCAGGUUGAUGUGUACAGAGCUCCCAGCUUCCCAUCAGCUCAUUGGCUGGUUCCCAGCUCAUUGGUUGCUGGUGCAGCUUGUGCCUUUAGUCUGUGCUCAUUCACUAAUAAAGGGCAGAAUUAGCGGAGCAUUUCUCAUCAGAGGGCUGGCUGUGGCAGGGAAGCUCCCUUUGACGCUUGCGUCAUGCGAUUUUUUUCCCCCACUUGGAUGCAUUUGGGGACUGUUUUUCUUUGUGAGAUUCUAGCAUCAGCAAUAACUUCAAAAUCAUGCCCAGCCAACGAGGAAACUUUACAGACUGAGGGUGGCGAGCAAGUGACACGCUAAGCACUUUGUAAAUGACUUAAGAGGGGAGAGUCUCUCACAGUGUCGUCAGUGUGCAACAAGGGACAUGCACAGCACACCAGGGCUGGACUCUGCCCUGCAUCAGCCUCUACUGGUUAUUUAAAAGGCAGGGUGGAGGGUUUUUUGUUUUUUAAGAAAAUGGUGGGUUUUCAUUGAGUGCUUCCGUGGAUUUCCAAAUGAAUCAUAACCUGUCUCUCACAAAACUUGAACACUCUCAAAUGGCAUAUAAGCCAGGAGUCCACAUGUGGGCAAUCGAUCAAUCGAUCACGCCCCGACCAGGGAAACGGCUGUGUGUUUAGGAUUUCUGUGUCUGCUAAUCUCUUGGGAGUAGAAAGCACACAGAGUAGAAAGGUGCUCUGUAGAUGCCCCUGGAAACUGUGCAAGCCUGCAUUCUUUGCCUCCAGCUAUGUUCCUGGACUCCUCUGUGUUGUCUGGGCUUUUACUGUACUGGUCUGUUCCACUGUUAAAUAAUUUUUCCUUUGUGCCCUUGGGUAUGGAGGAGCUGUUUCUACCAGUAUGAGGAACAUGCCUGGCCGGGAUGCUGUGAAGACCCCAUAGGUGAUCCUGUGUCUAGCUGUCAGAAAGAUUAUAGAACUCCCUGCGACAUCAUAUCCGCAAAUUCCAGUAAAGGGUGUCCCACACUCCAAAGCACGAAGUCCUGCUGCUCUCCUCUCUGGGAAAUGGAGGUCAGCUCUCCUUAGGAGAGGAAGAAAAGGACUUCCAGAAACUCUUGAUUCUUGUCAAAUAAAGUAUUUAAAAUAAAGCAGUAAAUUUAUAUAUAUAUAUAUGUAUAUAUAUAUAAAUUUUAUAUAUAUAUAUAUAUAAAUGUUAUUGAACUCUUUUUAUAUAAUGUAACCUGUAGGAGUAUUAUUUUUAAUAUAUCCCUACACAAGGUUGUUUCCCACCUCAAUGGUUUUUGUUCCCAAAUGAAAGACACACACACAACCUUUAUAUUUUAAUAUGCUUUAAGGAGCACAAUAGCUGGUCAACUGCCUACCCUCCAUGGUGUUAGACUCUACCUCCCACCGAUAAUUCCAAGUUACUACUUACUAGUUCCUAUGUUCCAUCUUGGCUGCCCCUGACCUUUACACGGUAGCUCUGCCUCUCUGGCCCUCACUCUCAGGCAGUGCUGCUCUGCUCUUCCUCCUCCUCCAGGUCCCAAGCCCUGGAAACCCCAAUCCUCUUUCUUGUCUCCCCAACUAUUAGCUGCUGGCAUCUUUAAUUACCAAUCACAGUUAACUGGGGGCAGGUCCCCAGAAGCUACAUGCAGACCCUCUUGUGCAAACAGUUUUGAGGGGAUACAGUUAAUAUAGAAUACAAAGAGCUACAAUAACCCAUCAGAGAAAAUUUGGUACUAGAAGUUAGAAAGUGCAUCCGUCAGUCUAGCUGCAGAAGAAGCAGGGCCAUGGCUUUUUAUUCAUUCCCUGCUGCUGCUGAAGUUCCUGCCGCUUCUGGCUAAGCAAGUGAACUCCAGGUAAUUCCCAGCCUAGAGGUAGAAGGACAGACCACAGGGUGAAUUACGUGGCAAGUAAUAAGGCCCGGUUGGCUGUCAGCUGCUCUUGUUGGAUAAAUUAUUACAUUUUUCUUCUCCCUGGGUAGUCCUCUAAGCACAGUUUAAUAAUUAUUUCUCUGCCUUUGUAAAGAUGAAUUUUAUUCCCUAUGAUGGCUGCUAAUGAGUAUUGAUGGUACAAAGCCACAGAAGUCUUACUUGGUAGGUAGCCUAUUUUGCUUGUACAGAUAGUCUGUUAAAAGCAUCUUUAAAGAAACAGUAAGGAUGUCUGAAAAGUCAUAAGGUAUCAUACUACUAACUACCUAAAAUACCUAAAUACAUGGAAAUCAAUGAAUAAAUAAACACAUGGAGUUUAAAUAAGAAUUUCCCCUUUGAGCUGACAAGAGUCGUAACUAACAAGUCCAACACCAGUCUGAGAAAAAUUUGGGGGAGAACAUUAACCUUAAUUUUUAACCUUAAAAGUGACAAGAAUGUUCAAAGCUACCGUGCUUCAGUUUCAGAUGCUGUGUUGAAACCACAGCCACAGCAUGGCUUCUGGUCUUCAGCGGCUCCAGAGCAAGGGAGAUGUUCUUCAAUUCUCAGCAUGAACACAAAAUACAAGAAGAGUAUAGUAUCUGGGGCACUGGCGGGUGACUGUGGCCAGGAUAGGCACCGUCCAGUUUAGUGCACAAUUUAUACUCUUAGUGCACACAUGUUCAAGUAACUGUCAUGUAAAAUUUUGGAACUGAAAUUCCACUUUUCAGUAGGACUUCUUCCUACAGGUAGUUGAUCGUUGGUCCUUAGUUUGCAAAGGUAACAAAGAUCAGGGUAUUUUAUUAACUAAAUAAAACCAGGAAUUAGGGAGCUGGAGAGAUGGCUCAGUGGUCCUGAGUUCAAUUCCCAGCAACCACAUGGUGGCUCACAACCAUCUGUAGUGAGAUCCCAUACCCUCUUCUGAUGUGUCUGAAGACAGCUACAGUGUACUAACAUCAAAUAAAUAAAUCUUAUAAACAAACAGCCAGGCGUGGUGGCGCACGCUUUUUAUCCCAGCACUCGGGAGGCAGAGGCAGGCGGGUUUCUGAGUUGGAGGCCAGCCUGGUCUACUGAGUGAGUUCCAGGGCAGCCAGGGCUACACAGAGAAACCCUGUCUGGAAAAAACAAAAAACAAAAACAAAAACAAAACAAAAAACAAACAAACAGGAAUUAAUGCCUGCCCUUUGUGAAUUUACUAAAGGAUCACAGAAUACAGUCCUUUUGUUCAUAUAGAGUACAUUAGGAGUACAGUAACAACUUUGACAAAUGAAGAACCUACUAGAAGUCACCAGUGAUCUGUGAGAUGGAUUGUAACAAGUAACAAGUCAGGGACUUAAAAAGAACCCAGGAGAACAGUGUUGCAGAAUACAAAGAUGGUGCAAUUCUGGAAAAUUCAUGCAUGGGGUACAUCAGAGGAGAAAGAUUCAUGACACUUCAGUGAGCACAGCAUUCAAUACUCAUGCCAAAUUAAAGCUACCAACAGACUAAGAAUACAGGAAACACUAACGAAAUGGCUCAGACUUAAGCUCAGUUUAAUGCCUGGGCCCCGUAUAACAGAAGUGGAGAACUCAUUCCCGUAUAUGUCCUAGGACUUCCACAAAAGCUUCCUUAGUGAAAUAAGAGGUGUGAUGUAGAUAUGGUGAGUGGCACACAGCAUCUGCAUCUCCUGGAACCAUAGUCUGCGGACUACUUGAUCCUGAUCCACAGUUAAUAUUGUUAUGGAUCCUGGUCUACAAAGUGAGUUCCAGGACAGCCAGGGCUGUUACACAGAGAAAUCUUAAAAAAAAAAAAAAAAAAAGCAAAACCAAAAAUCAACAACAAAAAAGACAAAACUGUUAUGGAGCCAACAGGACAACGGGUCAGUGGGUAAAGACACUUGCAGUGCCAAUGCGAGCCUGGUGCCUUAGUUUGGUCCCCAGAGCCCACAUAAAAGUGGGAGGAAGGAACUGACUCCACACUUCUUUUUAUCUGUCUCCACACAUGCAUUGUGGUAUGCACAUGCCCACACACAUAUAUCUUACACACACACACCAGAUACACAAUAUUUCUAAAAAUGUAUUUAUGUGUGCCUGUGUAUUUCUGUGUGAGGAGACCAGAAGUUGAUGUUGAACAUUUUUCACUAUUGCUCUCCACAUAAUUUUUUGAGACAGUCUCUCAUGGAAUCUAGAGCGCUCCGUUCUGGCUAGACUGGCUGGCCAGGGAGGCUCCAAGACCCACCGGCUUCCACUCCUGAGCACUGAUGCUAAAGAUGAUGUUACUGCUGCAUCCAGCUUUUACAUGGAUCCUAAUUGAGGUCCUCAUAUUUGCAUAGGAGGCUCUUUACACAUUGAACCAGUUCCUCAGCCUAAGAAAUGCUUUUAUAUAUUCUCUCCCCUUAGAGAUAUGUAAAAUAUCUUAAAUAAAUAAAAUAUAAUAAAAA